GGAGUUAGACAGUGAAGUCAGAGUUCACACAGGAGUUCCGUGCUAAAAGAUAGCAAUGGAUAUACCAAUUUUUGUUAUGGAUGCAUUUACCAAUUUACCUUUCAAGGGUAAUCCAGCCGCUGUGUGUUUGCUGCAAAAGGCAUUGCCAGAGGAGUUUUAUCAAAAAAUUGCAACUGAGAUGAACUUGUCUGAAACAGCCUUUGUCAUUUGUCAAAAUGCAUCUGACAGCUUCAGCACAGCGUCCCGUUUUAAUUUACGUUGGUUCACCCCCACUAAUGAAGUGAGACUGUGUGGGCAUGCCACCCUCGCCUCAGCAGCCACUCUGUUCUUCCACCAAAAAAACACCAGCCGGCAGAUUGUGUUUGAUACUCUGAGUGGUGAGCUGUGUAACCGACUGCGUGGGGAAUGUAUUGUGAUGGACUUCCCCCUGUACACAACCAUUUCUCAGGAUCCACAUGAGGUUGCAGACUUAAUUAAAGUUGUUGUGGGAGACCUGCCCUUAGAAGAUGUACAAAUCAGUGAGGACACAAACAAACUGUUGUUGCGUCUUGCCGACACCUGUGACACAUCAGCGCUGACGUCGCUGAGGCCAGACCCAGAGAAGAUGGUGACGAGCGAGCGCACUGGCAAGGUCAAGGGUGUGAUCGUCACGAUGAAGGGCGCCCCUGAAUCCCAGCCAGGAUACGACUUCUACUCCAGAUAUUUCGCACCCUGGAAUGGGAUUCCUGAGGAUCCAGUCACUGGAUCGGCACACUCGGUCCUUGGGAAAUAUUGGUCGGAGAAACUGGGCAAGCAAAGAAUGUUAGCCUACCAGAGCUCCAUGCGUGGGGGAGAGCUGGAGCUGGAGAUCAAAGGUCACAGGCUGGACAUCGCAGGGCGCGGCGUGCUUGUCCUUCAGGGAACAAUGUCCAUCUAGAUCCAGACCCAUCACUGGAGGCAGGAAAAACAAGGCCGUAACCAUGGUGUCAACACUUUUAUUUGCAUCAUUAUUCUUAGAAAGGAAAUUAUCUUAAUACCUUAUUGGAGCUUAUCUUAAGGUUUGGUAAGGUUCUUGUUACAAGGUUAAUCAUUCAAAAAGUAUGUUCAUGCUACGCUUACCGUAUGCUGAUUGAGUCAGAUAGAUAACAAACUAGCCAUGGAACAGCUUUUAAUACAACUGACGGUUUUAUACAUCUGUCCAUAAAGACCGUACCAAGGCUGGAGGAAAUGAUUUCAGUACAUUAUGACACUCAUAACACAUUCAACACCUAGAAUAUGAAAAAAGAUUAUUUCCUUUAAUUGUCAACUGUGUUUAUAUGUAUUUAAAUGUUUGUUAUGUAAAUUAUAAGUGGCCUUUUCUGCAAUAAUUCCAGCUGUUGUUUCAGUGGUCACUAUAAUGCAUAUCCUCAAUUUGUUCUAAUAAAUUCAAUAGUAUGAGUGUCUGAAGAUAA